AUGGAUAUGAAGAAAGAAUUUGAGGAGGCGGUAAGAGUGAUAGCCCAGAUCGAUUGGAGCUCAACGUCUCGUAGGGCGAUAGAAAUACUUGAAACAACCACACGGUAUCUUGGGGGCCUGUUAUCUGCCUACGACCUUUCCAGAGAGGCGUCACUACUAGCGAAAGCGCAAGAGCUAGGCGACAUGCUGUAUAUGGCCUUCGACACCCCGAGUCGCAUGCCAUCAGUUUGGCUGGAUCUUGAGAAGGCUAAGAAUGGUCAGCUCGUAGCGGAAAAGAACCAGCCGGCAGCAUCAGCAACAGGGCUAUUUCUCGAGUUCACUCGCCUUUCUCAGGUUGCACAGAAUGCUAAAUAUUACGAUGCGGUUGCGCGCAUCGUAAACGUUUUACAUGAUUGGCAGAACCUUACCAAGGUGGUUGGGAUGUGGCCCUCGUAUUUUGAUCUGCAGGACACGACUUUCAACCACGACAACGUCUUUAGCCUCGGCGUUUCAUCUGGUGUCACAUAUGAAAACAUUGUCAAAAUGUAUGCUCUACUUGGUGGCACAGACAGCAGAUAUGAAGAAAUGUACCGUAGUGCUUCGGAAGCAAUAGUCAGAACGCUUCUAUUUCGUCCUAUGACACCAAGAAAGUUGGAUGUCGUCUUCCCUGGCACGUUUCGUGUUGCCAACAAAGAACCGCUGGACCCAGAAAUUCAGCACUUAGCUUGUUUUGCAGGCGGUAUGUUCGCACUCGUUGGCAAAAUAUUCAACGUUACGGAACACGUCAAUCUUGGAGCACGGUUGACUAACGGCUGCAUGUGGACUCACAAGGCCUUUCCACAUGGUGUCAUGCCUGAAGCAUUUACUAUGGUACCUUGUGAGCUCGAUGGCUGCAAAUGGGACGAAACAAGAUGGCGAAAAUCGAUUGAAGACAACACCUACGAAGGCCGCGAAGAUCUCCCGAUGGGCUUCGUCAGCGCUCGUGAUCCAUCCUAUACUCUGCGCCCUGAGGCAAUCGAAAGUAUGUUCAUUUUGUACAGGAUUACAGGACACCAGGAGUACCGCGACAACGCGUGGAAGAUUUUUCAGGAAAUCCAAAAAGCUACUGAGACCGACGAUGGCAACAGGGUAGCUGCUGAUGUAACCACCAAGGGCAAACUACAGCAACGCGAAUUUUCCGAGGCAAGCUUUUCCUUCAGCAUUACUGGAGUCGUCACUAACAUUUUGCAGAGCUAUUGGUUAUCCGGUACAUUGAAGUACCUCUACUUAAUGUUCUCAGCGCCCGAAGUCAUUAGUCUGGACGAUUAUGUGCUUAGUACUGGAGGUCAUCCAUUUCGUAUACCGAAGCGAUGA